AUGGAUUCUCAUUCGUAUAACAAUGAAAGAACAAUUAAAAAAUGGGGCUUGAUAACAGUUAGACCGCCUGCUCAUUAAAUGAAUGACAGAUCAAUCGUAUCAAACGUCCCUGAUAUGGCUGUACCUGACAACAUGAUCACAACAUCAAAAUACUCCUCGAUUAUUACAUUCAUCCCAUUAAAUUUGAUAGAGCAAUUCUCAAAGUUGGCUAAUGUUUACUUUUUGGUUAUUGCUAUAAUGCAGAUGAUCUCAGCAAUUAGCAUAACAAAUGGUUAACCUGUGAUUAUGGGGCCAUUAUCAAUAGUUGUUUGCAUUUCAAUGAUCAAGGAUUUUGUUGAGGAUUACUAGAGACGCAAAUCAGACAAUGCAGAAAACACACGCAAAACCUACUUAAUUCGCACAAAUGAAGUUCCCAGAGAAGCUCAAUGGAGUGAAUUAAGGAUUGGAGAUCUAAUCAAGGUUUAGAAGGAUGAACAAAUACCUGCUGACAUCUUAUUAAUGCAAACAUCAGAUAAGAAAGGGAAUGCCUUUAUUGAAACAAAAAAUUUAGAUGGGGAAACCAAUUUGAAAUGCAAAAAUAUUCAAAAAAAUCUAAAGUAACUGUAAGAACAAAGUGAGGAUGCUCUAUUGGCAUUGAGAAUGACCAUAAAAUAUGAACGGCCAAAUCCGUAUUUGUAUCAAUUCACUGGAUCUGCUGAAAUUAAUAAUUAACAAAUUCCUCUUAGUGAGAAAAAUUUCAUUUUAAGAGGUUGUGUUUUAAGGAAUGUCAAUUAUAUCUAUGGAGUUGUUUGUUAUAACGGACAUGACUCAAAGAUUAUGCUUAAUUCAAUUAAGGCAUAGCCUAAGCGCAGUCAUUUAGAACGAACAAUGAAUUGGUUCAUUAUUGUGAUUUUUCUAUUAUAAAUGUUCAUGUGUGGAUUAGGAGGCUAUUUGAAUUCUUCAUGGUAGCAGAUUCAUAAUUCAUAAUUAUCAUAUUUGGAUAUCUUGAUUACAGAUCCAGAGCAUAAUUUUGUUAAAAAUCUAUUCAUAAAAUGGGGUAAUUGGAUUCUCAUUUUCACCAACUUCGUUCCAAUCUCAUUGCUUGUCUCAUUAGAAAUGGUUAAAUAUUUCUAAGGAAUGUUGAUAACCCAGGAUUAAGGAACAUAUUCAGCUGAAUAUGAUAUAAAAACAGCAGUCUAAUCAUCCAAUCUGAAUGAGGAACUUGGUUAAGUGGAUUACAUAUUUUCUGAUAAAACAGGAACAUUGACAAAGAACCAAAUGGAUUUCAAAUGUCUCACAGUCAAUAAAAAGUCAUAUGGAAAAGAAGCAACCUUAACAAAUGAAGAAGUGUCCAAAUUAGCUUAAGUUUCAAAUGUUGAUUUCAGAGAUAAAGCCUUCUUUAAUGAUUUGAAUUAAACUCCAGGGAAGGGACCACUUCAUGAGUUCUUGCUUUGUCUAUCAUUAUGUCAUACUGUUGUUACUGAAAAUAAAAAUAGUCAGCUACUUUACUAAGCCUCAUCCCCUGAUGAAUUGGCCUUGGUCAAUUUUGCAAGAUAUUGCGGUUAUACCUUUGAGGGAUUAGAUGCAUCAAACAGCAUGGUAGUAAAUAUUAAGGGGGACAUCAAGAAUUAUCAAUUGUUGCAUGUACUUGAAUUCAAUAGUACAAGAAAGAGAGUAUCUGUAAUCGUUUAGGAUCAAGCCAAUCAAAUUAUCCUGUAUACAAAGGGAGCUGAUUCUGUUAUUGAACCAUUAAUGAAACCUGUUGUUCCUUAAUUAAAAGAGAAAACUUGGAAUGAUCUAUAAGAAUUUGCAUCGAUUGGCUUAAGAACUCUUCUAUUAACAAGGAGAAUAUUGCCUCUGUCCACUUAUAAAGAAUGGGAAAAAAGCUAUCUACAAGCUUGUUCUGCUAUAUAAAAUCGAGAGAACUUAAUGAUGGAGUCUCAAGCAAAAAUAGAAUAAGAAUUAGAACUUAUAGGGGGAACAGCCAUUGAAGAUAAAUUAUAAGAAGAUGUAGGCCCAACCAUUUAAUACUUAAAAGAUGCAGGUAUUAAAGUGUGGGUAUUGACUGGAGAUAAAAUAGAAACUGCUAUCAAUAUUGGUUAUUCUUGCUAAUUAUUGAAUGAUUCCUUAUAAUAAAUCAUAGUUGAUGGAAAUGAUGAAUAAGUUAUUAGAAAUGAAUUAGAAAAGGCUAUCCAAAAAAGCCAAAAUAAUAAUAAAAAUGCAUUGGUGAUCUCUGGCAACGCUUUAAUCAUAGCUAUGAAACCGGAACUUUCAUUAAAAGUAAUGUAAAUUGCUGAAAGAUGUGAGGCUGUAGUAGCUUGUAGAGUUUCACCAAAAUAAAAAUAAGAAAUCGUCUCCUUAGUUAGAUAAAAUAAACCUAAUGUUACUACUCUUGCCAUUGGAGAUGGUGCUAAUGAUGUCAACAUGAUUACAGCUGCUCAUAUUGGAGUUGGAAUUAAAGGAGUAGAAGGCUAGCAAGCAGCUAGGGCUUCUGAUUAUGCUGUUGGGGAAUUCAGAAUACUUAAAAGGUUAACACUUUAUCAUGGAAGAGAGAGUUAUAGGAAAAACUCAACUCUUGUAAAUUACAAUUUUUAUAAAAAUAUGCUUCUAGUCCUACCUCAAUAUUGGUGGGCUGUAAAUAAUGGAUUUUCGGCUGUUAUGUUUUAUGACUAGUUACUCUAUUAAAGUUACAACCUAUUUUUCACUAGUCUUCCUAUUGUAUUAUAUGCUAUUUUCGAUGAAGAAUUUUCUGGUGAUGUUCUCACUUCAAACCCCAGUCUUUAUGACAUAGGAAUUAAACACAAAUUAUUCAAUGUUAAAAUAUUCUUGUAUUGGGUCAUUAAUGGCACCAUCUAAGCUGGCAUCUUAUCAUACCUAACCUUCCGAAGUUAUGAAGCCUCAUCUAUUUAUAAUGGCAUGACGGCUGGCUUAUGGACUACUGGUGCCAUUGUGUUAGGAUAUUCAGUACUGAAUAGCAAUAUCAAAAUUAUUCUAUUUAGUAACACCUACUCUAUUGGAGUUAUUGUCGGGCUUUUCGGAUCUGUCUUCAUAUAUCUCUUGUUAUUUAUUUUAGUUUCAGAGAAAAUGCCAAAAUCUGAUAUGUCAAAUAGCCAAAGUGCUAGCUUUUGUCAUAUGAAAUUCUACUUGACUUCGUUAUUAGCUAUCGGAGCUACAUCCAUUUUUGACUUGGCUCUGACUAAAUUAGCUCAGUGGUCUUAAUAUGCCCAGGCAGUAAUCUAACACGAUAAACACAUUGAAUUACAAGAUGAGCAAUAAUUGCACCAGCCUUCCCCAAAUACACAAUUUUAAUUGAAUAACUCCUCAGUUCCCAAAUCCCCAAUCAAACGAGGCUACACAGGUUUUGCAUUUUCUUAGGAAGAACAUUGA